AUGGGUUCUAUCGUGUUACCCCACCUCGAGACGGGCUGGCAUGUCGACCAAGCUAUUCUGAGCGAGGACGAGCGCCUGGUUGUCAUUCGGUUCGGCAGAGAUUACAGCCCGGAGUGCAUGCGACAAGAUGAAGUCCUGUAUCGCAUCGCCGACAGGGUAAAGAACUUUGCUGUCAUCUAUCUCUGCGACAUUGACAAGGUUCCCGACUUCAACACCAUGUACGAGCUCUACGACGAGUGCACGCUCAUGUUCUUCUUCCGCAACAAGCACAUGAUGAUCGACCUGGGAACGGGCGACAACAACAAGAUCAAGUGGGUGAUGGAGGACAAGCAGGAGCUGAUCGAUAUCAUUGAGACGGUGUACCGCGGAGCGAAGAAGGGCCGGGGUCUGGUGGUUAGCCCCAAGGACUAUUCGACGAGGCAUCGAUAUUAA